AUGCAUUUCCUCCUCGUCGGCGCCACCGGAGAGGCCGGCCUGAACGUCGUGGUCGAGUUGCUCCUUCAGGGCCACACUGCCGUGGCCCUCGUGCCUCCCUCUGCAUAUACCAAACUCGUUUUCUUUCACCGCCGCCUCACCAUCGUGGUUGGCUCGCCGUUGUCAAAGUCCGACAUAGAAAACGCCCUCCACGCGGCCCCUUCGCUGACACCCUCGGCGGCCAUCAUCACCUUGAACGUGGUCCGCCCGUUCGCAACCCGGAUCUCGCUUCCUCGAUUCCUAGCAGAUUCGUGCGCCAAUGUCUGCGAUGUGUUGCAAGCCGCGGGCAUCUCUCGUGUCGUCGUCAAGUCCGUGGCUGGUGUGGGCGAUUCGUUCGCCCAGCUCCCCCAGGAGAUCAAGGCGAGCAUGCUGUUGCCUAGCGCCAAGUACCUGCUCGAGGAUUACGGGCUUGUUGACGAGGAGAUCCGGAGAACCAAGAUGGAUUGGACGCUGGUGAGGGCUGUGAGGGUGCAAUAUCACGAUUCGAUGCCCCCGAACCAGAAGUUAGACGUGCAGACGCUGGGCAGCAAUGGUGAGGGGAUGGGGCUCGCUGAUUGCGUCAGUGUGGUAAAUCUGGCGAGGUUCAUGGUCAAGGUGGCCGCCGAGGGGCUCUUUGUCAGAGAAGCAGUGGUUGUGAGGGAUUGA